AUGAGUCGAAGCCUCGUGAAGAAGAGCAUCGCACCUGCGCGUGGGAACCCUGACGACGAAGGAGAACGAGGCGUGCGCGCUGCUAAGACUCUCACAGGUGGAGGAGAGCAAGGCGCCGAUCGGGCGGUCCAGUGUGAUUCCACUGCUGGUGAGCCUCCUGGAGAGUGGGGGGUUCCGCGCGAAGAAGGAUGCAUCGACAACGCUGUACUUGCUGUGCAUGGUGAAGGAGAACAAGAUCAGGGCGGUGAAGGCGGGGAUCAUGAAGGUACUGGUGGAGCUGAUGGCGGACUUCGAGUCGAACAUGGUGGACAAGUCGGCGUACGUGGUGAGUGUGCUGGUGGCGGUAUCGGAGGCGAGGGUGGUGCUGGUGGAGGAAGGAGGCGUGCCGGUGCUGGUGGAGAUCGUCGAGGUUAG